AUGUACCGCAAGAAGGUUGAGAAGCUUCGGCACGAUCCUCUAAGCGAUCGCGGCGCGCUCCCUGAAGUUGAAGAGUUUGGAGAACGCGUCGCUGCAGAUGUGAUAAUAGUUGUGAAAAGCAAGCCAAAGGCUAAGGACGGUAGUGAGGUCGGAGUUUCCUCUAGCUUUGCUGCUGAAUCCACAGUACUAGUUGUAAGGGACGAGUUUUCUGGUUACUUGAGAGCUUUCCCGUUAACGCAGCGCACCACAGAGAACGUUGUUAAGGGAUUGCUGCAGUUCAUUGGCAAGCACGUUAAGAAGCCGAUGAUCAUGUUCAAGAGUGACAAUGCAAAGGAGCUCGAAGCCGCUUGCCAGCAGUUAGGUUGGGUGAGCGAGCCUACCCUUGCAAACCGUUGGCCACACAACAGUGUCUUAGAAAGAGACAUACGGACCUUAGAAGAGGUAGCUAGAGCAGUUCACCUGCAGUCUGGUUUCCAGAUCAGACCUGGGCUGUGGCCUCACAGCUGUGUGUACGCCGCUUUUGUGCUAAACCUCAGGCACAAGCUCAGGGACGCAGAACACACUCGCUACGUCGCUGCCGUUGGUUCAGAGUUUGACGGUCGUCAACUGUUGUUAGGCCAGCUAACAGAGGGCGUGUACUUAGUCCUAGACUACAAGCGUGUCAAAGACGAUGCUGCUGCAGCCCUUGCGAUUUCUGUCCCACUUGAAGAACUUCACGUUCCAGAAGGCGAGCCCGUACUCCCAAUGCGUGCUGCCUUCGAAAAGGCGCUAGAGGGCACGAGUAAAAUCACCUUAGACAGGCUCAUCAAGUAUGGCCCAACCCCGGGUUGCAAAGCCUGCAAGUUCGACUCUAAGGUGCACACCCCUGUUUGCAAAGUUCGCUUCGACGGGUUAGUGCGUGCUGACAAAAUAGCAAGCGCUCGUGUCUCCGACAAAGCACCUGUAGAGGUAGAGGCUGAGAAGGUUUCGGCGCCAGACCCCUCCUUCGACGAAGCCGUUGAGCGAGCCGCAGACAGACUUCUUGAAGGUCUGCCUCCUCCCCCUCCAGGGCCGUCUACAACGCCACCAGCACCAGAAAAUGACGAGUUAGACUACUCGCCAUCCGAAGAUGAGCCAGGUGAGCCAUCAUCGGGUUCUGUGCCUGUUGGCGGAGCGUUAGCUCAACCAACCAAAGUCCGAACAGUUCCAGACCAAAGCUUUCUUGACCGCGACCACUCCGUACGCCGCUCUUGCAGGUUCGAGGCCUUGCCCGGAAAGAACCAACUUGUGGAGUACUGCUGUGACGAUGAUAGUGAGAUAGGCCUCGCAGCAAUGAUGCACAGCGUUGACUGUCUACGGCUCACCGAGUCCACACUUGACCUUGCUGAGCCCUCCCACGUCGAGCAAGUAAUUGGCCAGCUCAAACCUGGAGCUUUUGGCGUAAAGGGCAAGGAGAAGCUCAUCAAGAAACCUUGGGCUAUCUCCACCACUUCCCUAAGAGUACUGCAGUUGUUUGGCCAGCACCAAUGCUCAAGAAACCACGAGCAUGAACAAGCAGAAGGCUCUGUCACCAAGAGCACUGGCCAUUACACCCCGCAGUUCGCAAACACUGUGAUCGAAGCUCUCUUCCCUCAACAGUUUUAUCGCAGUGUUCCUGCGAUGUGUGCAACCAAUGCGCUUGUUACGAAGAACCUGAGCAAAAGCGAAUGGCUCAAAGAUGCACAGGGCGUUAGCUCAGUGCAGAAAGAAGCCGAAGGUCUUCGAAACAACCAAACUUGGGAUGACGAAAGCGUCCGCCCCUUGUGGCAACUCCGCAAGGAGUCCCGCGAGACCGGUCAGAAGAUCAAGAUCGCAGAGUUGCUCACACUGUGUGGUAUCAAGCACUUCGAGCUUGGACCACAACACCACAAGUAUAAGGGACGCAUAGUCUAUAGAGGAGACUACAUAACCGACGCAAGCGGGAACCAAGUGUUCUUCGACGACACCGCUACAACGCCUACAGGCGAUGGCACGUGGGUAGUCAUCCCACCAGAGCUUUGGUUGCCUUCAUGGCACGACAAGUACCCGCCAGGCGUUAGCCCAGCGACCUGUGAGUUCGACAUGCGCUCGUACGCAGCUCAGCUUGUCGAGUUUUACUGUGAGGUCGCCGGCGUCACAAAAGAGAAGCUCCGCAACUUUCCGUCCCCAUGUUACCCAGAGAACCAGCUCACAGAUGCUGACCUUGAAACCGAAGGUGAGUUGCGUCACGUUGCUUCUCGCAUUCUCAUGCGUGGUCUGUGGCUGAGCCGCCUUGCUCGCCCGGAUUUGUCGUUUGCGAUCACCAGGUUAGCGUCUAGGGUAACUAAGUGGACUAAGUUUGAGGAUCGCCAGUUGAUGCGGUGCAUUUCGUACCUGCACCACACCACACACCUUACGUUGCGGGGAGAAGUUUCGCAAACUGACCUCGCUUGCAGCAUUGAAGUGUUUACAGAUGCCGAUUUUGCUUCGUGUCCCUACACAGCCAAAAGCACAACAGGCAUCAUCAUCAUGCUGCGUACUGGCGACUCUUAUUUCCCAGUCCACUGGCUGUCGAAGAAACAGUCUUCAACUGCCAGAAGCACAACCGAAGCUGAGACGAUUGCCCUUGCUACGGCCAUGUUCUCCGAGGUUGAGAACUUGCAGGCGUACCUUGAGGUUUUGCUCAAUGCAGACGUGUCCGUGUCUUACCAGCAAGACAAUGAGACUGUCUUAGCUAUCCUUAAGGAAUGGCCUUUAGUCCUUACCCAGCUUUGCCUCCUGCCUACCGCCAGCAAAGCAUUUGCACAGGCAGCAAGAGCCUUCCCUGCUGAUGCUCUUGAGUUGCCAGAUCCGCGUGCGGCUGCGGGCUGCGUGCCUCGCCGGAACCACACGUUUACCGCAGUUGCUUUGUUCCGCGGCCAAAAGACCGAGCUCCACAGUGACCAGUGGAACGAGCCUGACUCGUACAAUCUCGUACUGCCAAUCACGCAGGUGAUCGGUGGAGGCGUUUGGGUUCAAGAUUCAGAUGGAGAGGACCAGUGCCCGCAGUUUGACUGCAACCUCCCUGGUCGCAUCCUUCACCUGCCAGCUUCCUUCAAGCCUUCCCGAAAGCACUGCACUGUUCCCUGGCAGGGACUGUCGGCACACCGAGUCGUGCUUGUUGCUUACACGCCGCGUGGUUGGAACAGCCUACAGUGGCAUGACCAGCAACUGCUAAGGGUAGACGGAGCGGUCGGCGACCAAGCCCCUGAGACACUAAUGCAGUGCAGCUUCCUAACCUGCUUCCUCAAGGACAUCCCGCACCUGGCAAGCGACCCGCAUCUUCCCAGGGAGCUUCAGGGCCUUGAGCCCUUCGUCAACCGCAAGAGAUCCCUAGGCCCCCGUAAGGAAGAUUAUGGGGUGGACACGCUAAAGAUCACUGACGACGAUGCUGCCUUCAUCUUGGGAAAGGGUGGCAAGACCAAGGAGAAGAUCGCUAAAGUCGCCGAGGCCGAGAUCGAGCUCUUCGAGCGCGACCUAAUUUUGGAGAUCCGUGGCAGCAAGCUCCAGCGCAAGAGGGCCAAGAAGUACUGCGAGGGCGUCAUGGCCCAGCGCACCGGACCCGUGUCCGUCACGGACGACUACGACGACAAAGACUUGACCCUGUUGCAGGUUCCCCAGGAGGCCGUGGGUUUCGUCACGGGCCGCGCAGGAAACUUCCUCCGCAGCAUCGAGGACCAGUGGACCACCCUGAUGUUCUUCUGUGAGGUGGACAAGGGACGAGGGCGCGACAAGGCUUUCGAGAAGCUGGCAAUUUUUGGCAGCAUCCGUGCGCGGCGCGGCGCGGAGUUGCUGGUGCUCAGCGCCGUGGAGACGAAGGUCCCUGGCUACUUUGCUAGCAUCAAGGAUGAGGUCCUUGACCGCGACCGCCACCGUGAUGACACUGGCACUUGGUCUACCGACACCAUGCAGUUCCAGGACGACGAGCUCUCCUACGCCUUGGGCAAACAGGGCGGGACCCGGAAGAAGCUUGAGCGCUCAUCAGGCGCGGUGGUGCAGUACGUGGGCCAAACGGCGCUGUUCUCCGGGGCGAAGAACGAGCGCCGCCGCGCGAAGGAGUACAUGAAGUGGCUCUUCCAGCAGCUGGAGGGUCCUGUUUGGGUUGAGGGCUGGGAGGAGCGGGACGACAUCACGGUCUUGGACAUUCCCAGCGACUGCAUCGGCUACGUCACUGGCAGCCGCCGUGCUGCCCUGGGCGGCAUGGAGGAAGAGUGGGGCACGCUGAUGUUCUUCAUGACCAAGCCGGGAACAGGAGGUGGCAAAGGGGAUCGUCGCGGUGGCGGAGGUUUUGGAGAGCAGCUCGCCAUCCUCGGCCCUGAGCGCGGACGCCGCGGGGCGGAGUUGAAGGUCAUGAGCUCCGUGGAGGAGAAGGCGCCCGGACAGUACACGCGCGGCAUCCGCGAGAAGUUCAGCGACUCGAAGGGCUUCUCCACCGACCGGAUGAUCUUCAAGGACGACGAGCUCAGCUAUGCCCUGGGAAAGCAGGGCAGCACCAGGAAAAAGCGCCUCGGCCACGAACUAGACUUCUGA